UUUUUUCUAACUCAUUUUAACUGCCUUCUGCUUCAUUCUGCUGUUUUGCCUUAUUGGUCCUUGUUCGCUUAAUUUGGCUGUUUUUAUUACACUUCUUAACUCUGCUAAAGAUUAUAAUGAGUUUUGAUGUGCAUUCAACUGCAGAAUUCAAACUAAGGAGUGCACGUCCAUUAAUCUCAGUGGCAGUUGUUGGCACUAGACUCCUGGAAGUACAGUAUGUAAUUUAAAAUAUGUCGUUUUUGCUCAUGGAACCACAAAACAAAAGAAUAUGCACAGAACAUACACAGUCCCAGAUCCUUCCAAACUUCUCACCAUCAGAACCAACAUAUUACAAAGAUUUGUUGUUUCUUUUUCAUAUUAUUGAGUACACAUAGUGUGUAACCAUAACAUUUUAAUAAAUGCAUUUUAAAAUAAUAAGAAAUGUAAAUAAAUGUAAAUGUGUAAAUAUUGAUUAGGUAAAUACACUGCAAAUUUUUUUUUUUUUGAAAAUUUUCAAUGUAGAAAACAUACUUCUAUGUUAUUUCAGUUAAACAGUUACAACAGAUCACCAUUUGUGCAGGUUCUUAUUUCACACUACUGAUAUAAAUACUCACGCCAACCAUUUCUUUAGGACUCAAAGGUCAAACUGCCUUUAAAAUACAGUCUUCUUGAAACCAGGUGCAGGGACAGUCUGUGCAUUGUGGACAGGUUGAGGUCUAAAGUUCAUCAGUUUUGUCUAGAGUCCUCCAAGCCACAUUUCCCUUUGUAGCAUCUCUAGCAAGAUAGCGUCUGCUGCAUGACAGUAUGUCACCAGAUGCAGAUAAGAGAUGCUAACUCCUGCUAACUCUGUCUAUAACCCCACAGAUCGCUGACUGUUUUGUACACAGACAUAUAAAGUCACACACUUUUCAGCCUCCCUGGGGACUCCCUAAUAUGACAAUUUGACCUCUCUUUCUCCUUUUCCCACCUAUCAUGGGAUGAGUUCAUUCACAUGUGGUUUUAUUUAUUUUAUUAAUUUUUUAAUUUUUUUUUUAUCCUCAGGAGAUGUUCACACCUGAAUGUAAAUUCAAGGAGUCUGUGUUUGAGAACUACUACGUUAUCUACUCAUCCACCAUGUACCGUCAACAGGAGUCGGGUCGAGCCUGGUUCCUGGGCCUCACCAAGGAGGGACAGGUCAUGAAAGGCAACCGUGUGAAGAAAACCAAACCCUCAUCACACUUUGUACCAAGACCCAUUGAAGUGUCUUUUUUUCCCGUUGCCCUUCUUCGCCCCGAAUACCUCCUCCUCCUGCUGGAGCAGGGGGAUAAAGCUCUCAAGGACCAUACUAGACUGUUCCUGCUACUAGCAAACACCACCAUCUACACGGACAAUGAGCUCUGUGCGUUCUACGAGCCGUUGUCCAAAGAUGGUCCUUGAGAGGACUUCACCACAUUUGUGGAGUGCCACUUCGGACCCAGUGCCCAGCCUACCAUCUCUCGCCUGUGCAGAUCAAUGCCCGAGCCCACCACUGAUGGAGAGCCGGAGCCCCCCGCGACCGAUGGGCCAUCGCCGCACGGAGCGACAGAGCUAAGGAUGUUUUCUGUGUUCCUGUAGUGGAUUUACCACUGUGAUUCAAGUAUUAAAGAUUGUAAACGUUUCUCUACAUCUCCAUCGUUCUUCCCACAGCGAAUCGUGACAUCAAAGAUUUGAUGAUGUUGAAUAAUUGGAUCAAUAAUCAAUAACUGUUGGAUUUUUCAAUGAUAAAGUUAAUAAGAAAAAGUUAGGGAGAAUUCAUUAGAAAUAACGUCAGAUAAAUAACAUUUUAUGGCAUUAAUUUGUGCUAUAUCUUUGUUGUCACAGCAGGUCAGGGAAACAGGGAAAGCCAGAUCUAAUUGCAGCUUUAAAUUUUAAUGAACAAAAACAGAGUUAUAAUUCACAGGUAAAAAACACAACAGCUUCAUAACAACAAAGACAAUACUAAACAAAAAUAGACCAGAACUGAAGGCUUAAAUACAAAUGAUAAUAAUAAAAAAGUGCACAAGGAAAUCAGUAACCAUGGAAACAAAUAAGCAAUAUGAACUAAGGAAAACAAAACAUAGAAAACGUCUCCAGGUUACGUAUGUAACCAUGGUUUCCCGAAGGGAAUGAGAUGCUGCAUUGGAAAACGCUAUGGAAAUGCCUUCAGCGUGACUACACUCUGAAUCACAUGUGCAAUCAGUCCAAUGGAAGGGUAAGACAUCUCGGGCGGGUGACGUAAAGAACAGGAAGCUAUAAAAGCGUGUGUGGUUGAAACCGGUGUCAGCUUCUAGGAAUGAAGCAAGUGCUCGCAGGGAUGCUGGAAGUAUGGCCCUGAGACACAGCAUCUCGUUCCCCUCGGGGAACCAUAGUUACAUACAUAACCUGGAGAUGGCCCCCUUCAGGAACUCGAGCUGCAUUGGAAAACGUUAUGGUAACAAGUAUGCCCAUGCCGCCAGACUUGCAAAUCCCUGCCUAGUGUGGAAGAGCACAGCUAGGACGAGAGAACAGAAGAGCUAGGAGUGGCUCGCAUAUCUAGGUCAUAGAAUCUGACGAACCUGAGGGGCAUGAACAAUCCCGCUGUGUUGCAGAUGUCCUACAUGGACACACCUGCCAAAAAGGCCUUAGAGGCUGCCACACAUUGAGUUGAGUGAGCCCUGACCCCCAGACGUGAGGGGAGAUCACAGGACUCAUAAGCAGUAGAAAUGGCAUCAACUACCCACCGGCUGAGGGUCUCUUUAGCAGCAGGAAGACCUCUCUUGGGGGGACUAUAGCACACAAGCAGUUGAUCCACCUUUCUUCACAGGACUGCUCUGCCUUUCUCCACAGGGCAGCUCUGUGGACAUAUUCACCCAGUGCUCACACUACAAUUAAGCUUCUGCUGGUCAGGUUCCCUGAAGGUAGGAGGACAGAAGGUCUGACGUAUGAUAGGCUGUGGCAUGAUAGAGGGGACUUUAGGAACAUAACCCGCUCGAGGGUAGAGAAAAGCCUUGGCCAAGCCGGGCGCAAAGUCUAGGUAGGAAGGGGCCACUGAGAGGACCUGCAGAUCCCCUACUCUCUUUAAAGAAGAUAUCGCCAAAAGUAAAACAGUUUUAAUGGUGAGAAAGUGAUCAGAAAUCUACUAGCUACUAGCAGCAGGCAGAACCCCUUCCCGGCACACUCUCUCUAGAGCUCCCGGGAGCAGAGCAACUGGGAGAAAGGCGUACAGACGAUGCCUCGGCCACGUCUGUACCAUGGCAUCCAGCUCCACUGUCAGGCAAAGUCAGGGAAAACCAGAGGGGACAGUGCAAUGUCAUCUGAGUUGCAAACAGGUCCACCUGAGCCUGGCCAAAAAUUCUCCAUGUCUGCUUCACCACCUCGGGGUGAAGCCUCCAUUUCCCUGGGCAUCGGCCCCUGCCUCGACAGGAUGUCUGCUCCCAUAUUUAGAUGCCCAGGAAUAUGCACUGCUCUCAAUGAAAGGAGUUUGUCCUGGGACCACACAAGGAUCUGGUGUGCCAGCUUGUACAAGGGGUGCGAACGCAGACCUCCUUGAUGAUUGAUGUAAGUGACCACCACUGUCUUGUCAGUGCGCACCAACACAUGAUGAUCUCUUAGCUCCGGGAGGAAGUGCUUCAAAGCUCGAAACACGGCCAGAAUCUCCAGGCAAUUGAUGCGCCACAUGAGAUGGCGACCGGUCCACAGACUGCAGGCAGGGUGGCCACUCAUGACCGCUCCCCAGCCAGUGAGGGAUACGUCCGUCGCUAGCAUUACACGGUGACAAGGAGCUCCCAACACUGGGCCCUAAGACAAGAACCAAGACUUCCUCCACAUGUCCAAGCCACAUGACCUUGAUCAUGCAAAGAGGGUUUCCUCUUGGAGUGAACCCCUUGGUCUUGAGCCACCACUGUAGGGGUUUCAUGUACAGCAGGCCAAAAGGUAUGACGUUGGACUCGGCUGCCAUCAGACCCAGCAGUUUCUGAAACUGCUUGAAAGUGAGUGACAGGCCUUCUCUGACUCUCGCAACUGCAGUGAGGAUAAAUUCAAUCUGAGCAUGAGACAGCUGUGCCUGCAUCAUGGUCGAAUCCCACACCAAGCCCAGAUAAGUGGUCCUCUGUAAUGGAGAAAGCACACUUUUCUUGGCUUUUAGUCUUAACCCCAGCUCUUUCAUGUGCGCGAGAACAAUAUCUUGAUACCAAACUGCUAACUGCUCUGACUGAGCCAAAAUCAA